CGCUUGAUCGCUCUCUCUUUCUCUCUGGCCCGUGCGGAAUCAUAAACUAAACUGUACUGCGAUCCGUUCUGUUGUCGUCGUCGUCGUCGUCAGUGCCAGCCCAUAGCUUCAACUAUCAGCAAGAAGAAUUCAUAUUUUUACAUUUUGUGCGCAGCCAUGAAGUUCGCUCUUUGCCUUUGCCUCGGCAUGCUCAUGCUCAUGUCUGUGGCCCAUGCACGGCCCAUGACCAACGAUGCCGAGCAGCUGGUCGAGCUGGAAUCUGUGGAGCAGCUGCCCACAAAGCCGCGCGAGCAACAGGCGCACAUUCUGCAAAUUGCAGCCAAGCCACAGCAGGAAACUGCAGAGCAGCAAAAGACGCGUUUGAAUAUUUUCGAUACCAUUGUCGAGCAGCUGCGCGAAGCUGGCGUCCAGACCUCGGAGAAGCAGCCACUGCAGACGCUCACCUACAAGGAGCUAACCCAUCUCUUGGCCCUUUGGCACAUGACUCAGAGUCGCAAUUUCUAUGAGCCGAUGACUCCGGCAAUGCGCGCCAUAAAAGAUGACGCCGAUCAGAAUGCAGAGCGGGCCAAAGAUAACGCUAACGCUAGCACUACCGAUAACAUGGCCAAUAGCAUUGCCAAUAAGCAGCCACGCAGCGGAUAAGUUGGCCCCAAAAACCGAAGCCGCAAAUCGUAUUAAAAAUUAUUAUUAUUGAUAAAAAUCUGUUGAUAACCAAACCAUUUCGGAGAAGCGACUCACAGACAGCUGAAUCAUCAUACCUUUUGACCAAUUGUUGCAUAACACACACUCACACACACACACACACUCUGUGUUUUAAGCAAAUGAUAUUGUGAAUUUAUGGUGCACUUGAAGCAAUACUACGAAUAAAUCAAAUAUAUAUGACAUAUAUAUAAUCUGUGCGGU